AUGUCGUUCAACGCUUUGCCAAACGAGCUGAUCUAUCAGAUAUCACAGCGAGUCCAACCAGCAGAUCUCGAGAACUACGGUCGAACAAGUCAUCGCGUCAAAGAAAUCGCAGCGCCUAUCCAGCAGGAACACAGACAACUAAAAGCGGAGUAUACAAAGAUCAAUGUCAACCAUGUCGCCGCCGCAAAUAUGCUGUACGAGAUGUGUGCGCGGCCGUGGAUCGCGCUCUAUCCCGAGUCGGUAGAACUUCGAGGCCACAGAAGCUGGAGGAACUUUGAAGGACCUCGCAACAAAGAGAGGACGGCGUUGGUGGCAGAAGUUACUUGCAAGAGAAGCCUUGUGGAGGAGGCUGACUUGAGGGAUAUUCUCCGCCGAACCAGACUCAUACCGGCACAUGAGGUGGACGGAUGGCUGGAAAAGAUCAAUAUAGGCGAUGAAGACUAUCUAUUCGCUCUCAUGCUUGCCUGUCUUCCAAACAUUCGAAGGCUCACGAUUCGGUUGGACCACACUAAGUUAGAGCAAGUGAAGGAGAUGAUACGAUUGAUCAAACGGCAAUCCCUCGACGUCCACGGUGACAGAGCUCUGUCAAAGCUCAAGGCUGUAUACGUAUUGGAGAAGGACACUUCUGAGAACGGCGUCUGCGAUCUGGAGAUGUUCCCUCUGCUCGCCUCACUACCGGGCAUACAAUCCAUGCAUGGCCGCAACCUGGUCGGAAUGUACCGAGACUGCUAUCGAGAUGGUUGGCUUGAUUACCCUGGCGCGAGCCCGACUAUUGAGCAUAUAUUCUUGGAGACCUGCGGCAUGAGUGUGGAAGGGCUCGAGAAGCUUUGCAAUAGUAUCGAAGCAUUGCGAAGCUUCAAGUACAUUGCGCAUCGUGCAGGAUGGGGACUGCACCGUAUCAGUGAUUUGCUGAAAAAUGCAAGAGGUACAUUGGAGGAACUAGUUCUAUCUACCGGUUCUGGGCAGAGUCGGUUCAUUGGCACUUUGAGAGGCUUCACGGCGCUGAAACAUGUCAAGGUCGACACUGACAUGCUCUUCCAACGGGGCAAGAUGUCAAGGGCAGUGGACAUUCUUCCGGCUUCUAUUGAGACAGCAACGAUCGCGGGCAACAGUUUGACACGUCCACACGAGGAACAAUUCCUGUCCGAUCUCUAUCGUCCCAGUUUUUCGUACCCGAACCUGCGGAAGUUACAAGUGGAUGACAGUUGGGGGCACCGGGACAUUGGGAAAGACCGCCUGAAGUUCCAGAAAGAGUUUCACAAACAGACGUCUUCCUCGUGGAUGCUCCGCUAUAGGUAA